GACGGCUCAAGCGCAAUUCCUCAAACUUCAACAUUUCCGAAUCAAGACCCAAUGUUUUCUUAUCUAUCUACCUAUCAUGACUCCACCUAGAUUUGUAAUUCCGUCUAUGGAGGCAAACGAUGACAUUUUCAUAAUAAAGGGAGUAGAUAUAAAACCCAUUGCGCAAAUUUGUCUUUUCAAAUCUUAUCUUUAUUCACAACCCAAAAGAUAUCUAUUAUUUCGAAAAAUAAACAAUUAAAAUCUCCCUCACAAUGUCUACCGAUUACAAGUUCCAGGGAUGGAUGGGUCUCGAUUCCGAAGCCGCCAAUGGUAAGAUGGUUUGGCAAGAGUUCGAACCUAAGCCUUUCGAAGAGACAGAUGUCGAUAUCAAAAUCACUCACUGUGGUAUUUGCGGCUCUGAUAUGCACACUUUGAGAUCCGGAUGGGGUGCAUCAGAUUAUCCAGUUUGUGUUGGUCACGAAAUUGUUGGAAAAGCUGUUAGAGUUGGAUCCAAGGUUAAGGAUAUUAAGCUUGGAGAUCGUGUUGGUGUUGGUGCUCAAAGUGGUUCUUGUAUGAACCAAAAGGGUGAUUGUGAAGCUUGUGCUGAUGGUCAACAACAAUACUGCGCUCACAUGACCGGUACUUACAAUAGCAAAUGGGCCGACGGAAGUAAAUCUUACGGAGGUUAUGCUGAUUACUGGCGUGGAAGUGGUGAUUUUGUGAUUAAGAUCCCAGAUUCAAUCCCAUCUGAUAUUGCAGCUCCUAUGCUUUGUGGUGGUAUCACAGCUUUCUCACCACUUGCUCAGCAUGGUGCUGGACCAGGAAAGAAGGUUGGAAUCGUUGGAAUUGGUGGUCUUGGACAUUUUGGUAUUAUGAGUGCAAAAGCUUUGGGUUGUGAUGAAAUCACAGCGAUCUCUAGAACUUCGGCCAAGAAGGAGGAUGCAUUCAAGAUGGGUGCUACUAGAUUUAUCGCUACCGAUGAAGAACCAGAUUGGGCCACAAAAUAUGGAGAUUCUCUCGAUCUCAUCGUCAGCACCAUUUCUUCACCAAAACUCCCACUUCAAAGCUACCUUAGCCUUCUCAGAUAUAAGGGUAAAUUCAUCCAAGUCGGUGCUCCUGAAGAUACCAUUCCUGGAUUCAACAUGUUCUCCCUCAUCCUCAAGAAGCUUUCCAUCGGUGCUUCGCUCAUUGGUCCUCCACAUGAGAUUAAGGAUAUGUUGGCACUCUUCGCUGAGAAGGGUGUUAAGACAUGGAACAACAAUGUUCCAAUGAAGGAUGCUAACCAAGCUAUUGUUGAUAUGGAGGAUGGUAAAGCAAGAUACAGAUAUGUCUUGGUCAAUGAGAAGCAUAUCGAUGCUUAGGUUUGGGAUUUUAAUUAUGAAUAAUGUAAUACAUAGAAAGAAUGAUAGACUGUAUGUUUAUGA